UACGGUUGACAUAUUGGAUCAUUCAAUAUGGAUCAAAGUCAGCAGGAUAAUUGGGCCCCUAAUUUUGGGCCUUUCUGAAUUUUCACGACCAUCAUAGACAGGCCCGAACUUUUUGUAGCAAAAUUCUGGGAGAAUUAGCCGUAUGAAGGAAAAUUUCCUCCCAGAAAAGUAAAAGAAAAAAGAGAGCUCGAGUCGAGAUUAAGCGAUUGCAUCUUGUCGCCCAAAAUAAACACCAGAAAAUCGCCGACGUACCCCGGCGCAGUGAGUUGGAUCGUGAAUCGAGCCUCGCCGCAAAAGGUUUCCCGGACUUUUUCUUCUUUCAGGUAGGAAAAUUCGAUUGCUCUAUUGAAAGACUGGUUCUUUGGGUUUUUGGUCAUCGCUACUCUGAAUUGAUGGUUUGAAUCGAUACGAACUCGUUAGGGUUUUGUCCCAAUAGGAGAACUUUGCUUCAGGAAAAUCCUUGAAUUUUCGACAUGAUUACAUCUCUUUGCAUGUUUGUGCUGCCUUGCUCUGGCAAGCUGCUUCGAUGCAGAUUGUUUGCUUUGGCUGUUUGGUUCUCCCGAAAAAUUCCCUACCUUAGAUUUAGACGAGAAAGCUUGAAUGCGAGAGGAGUCUCACCGGAAUUAUUUGCUUCUGUUUCUAGUCAACCGCUGGAAACUGAUCUGAACCCAGCUUCAUCAUCUGUUCAAAUUGGUUGUUUGAUCGGUUUAACAUUGCAAAAGGUUUGGUAAUUGGAAUGAGCUUGUGGCUCAGCUCCAGAUUGAGAUCAUACCACCUGGGCUUUCCUUUAGUUGAUCAAUUUUUGAAUCUUUUUGUGUCAAGUUUCUCUUUUUAUUCACUCAUCGUAGAGCCAUGUUCCUAUGCUAAUCUCUACUAGUUACAGUGCAGCUUCUUUGGCGUUACUUGAAUUUGAUAAAUAUACUUCUUUCUUUGACAUUGAAUUGUCUUAGCAUUCACCGAGCUAAAACCAGCUCUUCAUGAUCGAGAAGAGGCUGCAAUGUUCACGAAGUUUCAUGUUGUGAUCCAGCUUGAAUUGUUCAAUUACUUUCGCAGGUAAAGUUUUUGGGGUGGAGUUUGUACCAUGGGGGACUUCACAAUUAACAUUACCAAGGAGCUCGUAGAUCGGCUUGCUGGUUCUGACGAGAAAGUAAAGAAGAGAACAGUAAGGAAACCGAAACCAAAGGUAUCAAAACAACCUCGCUCGCCGCCUCAACCAAAGGAGAGCAAGAAGCAGCUGCAGCCACCGGCUUCUUCCGGAUGGCCGGUUUUCUUGCCGGUUCAACCACCUGUCAAGCCUGCAAGUGCUGAACUGGAUGCAAUUCGAUCUGUGGUUUCAGAGAGCGAGAAGGUUCUUGAGAAGUUGCAGAAGCAGGAGGAACGCAUGGUGCAAGAAGUAACUGAAAGAGCCAAAGAUCUGCACGGCAAGGAAUUCAAGCUCCCGUACCAGAAGCCAAUGCCAUGCAUGCCUGACUAUGAAGCUUGCAGGGCGUGCUACAAGGAGCAUAUUAACGAUAUCCUCAAGUGCAGCCCUCUGACCAAGAGCUACUACGAAUGCGUCCAGAGAGUAAAGCAGCAAGCAGGAUCUGGAGAUAAGUGAGUGUGUGUUUACCUGAUGGAGAGACAUCCUCGGAGUAGUAUACAGAGAAUUCGGGAGCUAAUUGCCAGAACGAGACAGUGAAAAAUAAUCUGAUCAUUGAUCCCUAGGUUACCAUUUUUGGAAAUGUAUGUCGGGAUGGGAGCCUUCGAUUGUCAUCUCGAGUUUUCGUUAGAUGUUUGUCUCACGGUUUUUGGAUAUUGAAGGACUUAACAGGCUUGAGGAAUUGAAGCCUAAACAUUAGUUCGUUGCGCCACUAAAUGUUGAUUUUGGUAUCUUGAUCGAGCUGUCUAUGAUUUUGUUUCGCUACAUUGAACUUUGUAUCUCGCCCCGAGUUCUUGUCAUUCAUGUUUGGACACUAGCUAUGUCGAUUGAUGAUUUGAUGUUCCCACCUUCUGCAGCACCUAGAGAUAUCGUCUGGUUCUAUGGCAUGGCAGGGCUGGAUGCCUGGCAAUUGGUGAAUCUUCUCCUUUUGGUUCUUGAACUGUAAGAGUAAGAUGGUGACACUAUAUUGAUUGAUGAUCAUUGCGAUAUGACUUAUGAGUUCAUCGCCAUUUUUUUCUUAAGAAUAAGAGGCUCAUUUAAUC